AGUGUCUGAGCCUCCCCCGCGCCGGGCGCGCCCCGCAUGCUUAUCCUGCCCCGGAGCAGCGCAGGGACCCAGCCCUCGCUCCACAGCCGCUGCGAGAUGCUGCGCUCCACGUCCACUGUCACCCUGCUCUCAGGUGGCAGCGCUAAGUCGCCUGGGACGCCCAGUAGGAGGGCAAAUGUCUGCAGACUACGGCUGACCGUGCCUCCCGAGAGUCCAGUGCCUCAGCAAACAGAGAAGAAGAUUGAGAGGAAAGACCAGCCUCCAGAACUAAGCAAUGGAGAGUCCACCAGGAAGCUUCCUCAGGGCGUUGUCUACGGUGUGGUGCGAAGAUCGGAUCCCAACCAGCAGAAGGAAAUGGUUGUGUAUGGCUGGUCCACCAAUCAGCUGAAAGAAGAGAUGAAUUACAUCAAAGACGUGAGGGCCACUUUGGAGAAGGUGAGGAAGCGGAUGUAUGGAGACUACGAUGAGAUGAGGCAGAAGAUUCGACAGCUCACCCAAGACCUGUCGGUUUCCCACGCUCAGCAGGACUACCUAGACAGUCACAUCCAAGCGCAGUCAUCAGCCCUGGAUAGCUUCAACGCCAUGAACUCAGCAUUGGCAGCGGACUCUGUUGGCCUGCAGAAAACCCUUGUGGAUGUGACUUUGGAAAAUAGCACCAUCAAGGAUCAAAUCAGACAUUUGCAGCAGACUUACGAAGCAUCCAUGGACAAGCUUCGGGAGAAGCAGAGGCAGUUAGAGGCUGCUCAAAUGGAGAACCAGCUGCUGAAAAUGAAGGUGGAGUCGUCUCAGGAAGCCAACGCGGAGGUGAUGCGGGAGAUGACGAGGAAGCUGUACAGCCAGUACGAGGAGAAGCUGCAGGAGGCUCAGCGUAAGCACAGCGCAGAGAAGGAGGCGCUCCUGGAAGAAACCAAUAGCUUUCUGAAAGCGAUCGAAGAGGCCAAUAAAAAGAUGGAGGCAGCUGAGCUCAGCCUGGAGGAGAAAGACCAGAGGAUCGGGGAGCUGGACAGGUUGAUUGAGCGAAUGGAGAAGGAACGGCAUCAACUCCAGCUCCAGCUCCUUGAACAUGAAACAGAAAUGUCGGGGGAGAUUGCAGACUCUGACAAGGACAGGUACCAGCAGCUGGAGGAGGCAUCCGCCAGCCUCCGGGAGCGGAUCCGACACCUGGAUGACAUGGUGCAUUGCCAGCAGAAGAAAGUGAAGCAGAUGGUUGAGGAGAUUGAAUCAUUAAAGAAAAAAGUGCAGCAGAAGCAGCUGCUAAUAUUGCAGCUUUUAGAAAAAAUCUCUUUCCUGGAAGGAGAGAAUAAUGAACUGCAAAGCAGGUUGGACUAUUUGACAGAAACCCAGCCCAAGACUGAAGUGGAGACCAGAGAAAUCGGAGUGGGCUGCGACCUUCUACCCAGCCCAACAGGCAGGACCCGUGAAAUCAUGCUGCCUUCCAGGAGUUACACCCCGUACACGAGGGUCUUGGAGCUAACCUCAAAGAAAACGCUGACUUAGGCACUCAGACACACGUUUCUUGCAAAUUCUGGAAGGCUCUGGAACCCUGUGACUUAAAAGUCUGGAGAGCGUGAGGAUUGCUUCCUCGCAGACAUGGUGUACGCCAGAAUGGGAAUCUCAGGCAAGUGGAGGCAGAAAGAACAAGCAAGGUCAUGGACAUGAGGCCGUCUUUGAGACACACGCCCAACCCUGCUAUACAGAACCAUCGUUUGUUUUCCGUGUGGAUGCUGAAGUCCAAGUUUCACAGUCUGUUUUGUUUUACUCGAUUUUGGUUUGGAGGGAAAGGGGCAUUAAUUAGAAACGUCAUGUUUGUUACAGCGCAAAGGUUUUGUUUACCCAUAAAGUAUUAGUAGCAAUAUUCCUCCCAUGGAGAAGCCUGUGCACAUGUAGCAUGGGCACCUGGAAAAACUUGAACCUGGAGGGAAGGAGUCCCAGCAUGCACUGCUCUCUCCUCUAGUUGGGAGGAUGUGUACCUGGUUGGGGGAGCCGUGUGUAAAGACUUGUGUGUGCCAGAGUAGCUGAGUUCUGAUUCACCGAUUCCUUGUUUUAAUGUGUGCCUUAUGCCUUGAUUGGACCACCUGAGUUCACUGUAUUUAUUCAAGCUGUGAUUCUUGUCUUUCUCACUUUAACUUAAAAAGACUUUUGUAUGUUGUGGCAUUUAGUCAUUUCAUGUUUAAGUAACAAUUGAUAUUUUUGUUAAAUGGAUGAGAAGUCUAUUCACGCACGCUUUCUUUGAUAUUAAAGCCCACAUCACAUAUAUUUAAUAAAUGCCUUCUAUUUUGUUC